AUGUCGACACCAGUGAAUGACACUGCCUGUGAGGAGAGGCAGAAUAUUGCUUAUGUCGAGUCGACGUCGUGGUUGGCCAAGAUUCAUCCUUAUUUCAAGAAUCCGGCUCAUGUUUUGGUGCUCAAGCUUGAUUGCUUGUUGCUGGUAUGGGCAUUCAUCGCAGGUCUUUUCAAGGAUAUGGAUCAAUCUGCGACAACAGCUGCAUACGUCUCAGGAAUGAAAGAAGACCUCAAGCUCUACGGCAAUGAACUGGUGGAAUUCACGACGUAUUUCUCCAUUGGCUACGCUCUCUUUAUCGUCCCAUCGCAACUCAUCCAAACCCGCGUUCGACCAUCUCUCUUCCUCCCACUCUGCGAGAUCAUCUGGGGCUUAUUCACACUCUUCACAUACAGAGCUCCAAACGCAAAGACCGUGUUUGCCCUGCGAUUCUUCCUCGGAGUUUUCGAGUCGACAUCAUGGCCCGGCAUUGUGAACCUGAUCUUCAAUUGGUAUCGUCCCGAGGAGUUGGGAAAGCGACUCGCGAUCUUUGGCGUCAGCGGCGUCGCGGGAAACAUGUUUCUCGGCAUUGUUCAAGCCGCCCUCUACCGAAACCUCAACGGCGUGUCUGGCCUUGCUGGUUGGCAAUGGCUCUUCAUUAUCAGCGGUAUAAUGACUAUUUUCUGGGGUCUUGUCGGUCUUGUCAUUAUUCCAGACUCACCUGCCAUUACUCGAGCUCUUUGGCUCUCGGAAUCUGAGCGAGAACUUUGUCGUCUUCGAAUGAGUGACAGCGGCGUCAAGACCUCCAGAAUCAUCCCCUUCAAGACUCUGGUCCAAAAGAUGAAGCUCCUCAUCCUCAGCCCCCUCUCAUAUCUGUUUCUCGCAGCAUAUCUUCAAUUCGCCUGGAGUCAACGCGCAAACGCCUACUUUCUCCUCUUUCUAAAAGGCCUUCAAAACGCCGACGGAACACCCCGCUAUUCAGUCUACACCGUCAACCUUAUCCCACUUGGUGGCUACGCUAUAAGCAUAGUCUGCAACAUUGGUCUUAACGCUCUCAGCGAUUGGAAGGCCUGGCGCUGGCAAGUCAGCGUUGGCGCCGCCACUUUACAGCUCAUCGCAACCUCGGUUCUCUCCGGGUGGCCUGAUUCGUGGAAGACUAUCAUGGCUUUCUACUUUCUCACUUUUGCUACGGCUGCUUGGGGCUAUGCUCUCCUUGCGUGGCUGGCGGAGAUUUUGAGGAAAGAGCCAGAGGUGAGAUCUAUCUUGGUGGCUAUCGCUGUUACGCUUGUUUAUGCGGGACAUGCUUCUAUACCCCUUCGUGCUUGGCGAGUUAGUGAUUCGCCCAAAUAUCCAGUUGGUUUCCCGUUGGCUGCUGCGUUUAGUGUUGGAAGUAUCGUUGCUAUUAUGGGAAUGUGGUUUUAUGUCAGGAAGUACCCUGAUAUUGUAGCCUGGGGACUCGAUCCUGAAGGCGGCCAGGUGUGUGACGAGGAGGAGACUAUUCCAAGGGAUGAUGACCAGAAAACACCCGUGGAGAGAAGUGACCGAGUUUAG